CUGAUAGUCGCGGACAGUGUUGUAAAUGAUCGGCCAACGUACACAUUCACGUCGAUCCUUCCCAAGGAAGUGGAAGAUUGGCCACCACUUAUUCUCGAUUUUGAUUUCGAAGAAGAUUUGCCAAUUUCAGCAUCGUCGCAAGCACAAAUUAUGCGGGAAUUAGAACCAGCCUCAGUCAGAGGUUUUCUAGAUCCAGAUGACGAAUUGGAGCUAGGCGCUGAGCACUGGGACUUAAGCGGCUUCCACAGCGAGUACGAAAGAAGAAAAAGACAGUCGCAGGUGGCACCAUCGUAUAGCCCACAGCUGCUGGCAGUUCAUGAGCAGGAGCAGCAAAUGCUUGCUGGUCCACUUGCGGAUCGCGCACCGCCAAUGCCACCACCUCGCCGACGUUCGUUGCUGCUUACGGAACGUCAAGGUGACCGGCCUCAGUCAAUACAUUUUAUACGGGAACCAGAACCGCCGCCGGAGGACGAGCCGGAACCAAGCCCAGACCAAUGGGACUUAAGCGGCUUCCACGAGGAAUACGAAAGAAGAAAACUAUCGCAGAUGCCGCCACCGUAUAGCCCAGAGCUGCUGGCACUUCAUGAGCAGGAGCAGCAAAUGCUUGCCGGUCCACUGGCCGAUCGCGCACCACCAGUGGUGGUACCAUCUGGCCGAAGUUCGCCGCCGCUUUGGCAACGUCGCGGUGCACCGCCCCCACCACUGCUUCCAACAUCGUCACUACCACCACCUUCGCCUAUUUAUGAUGCCCGAGAGUGGGAGCUUGAAGAGGAAGAAGACUGGGAAGACGAAGGCGGUUUUUUUAGAUGA